AUACAGAAAGGACAUUUCAUCGUUUUUUCAUGUUGUGAGGAAAAUUCAUUGGAAAAGCGUUAGAUGGAAAAAUUACUCCUCCACUUGCUGUUUUAUGGGCACUCCCAGAUGCGAGUAAAUCGAUUGCGAGGUGUGGAUGAGUCGCUAUAGAGACUGAAAGGCGCGGCAAACUCAUGAUUUUCAACCCUUGUCCUGAUCGGAAGGCCAUUCCCGCGCAAUUCUUCGGUCAGAAGAGAUGGGAAAUAAAAUAGCCACCUUCACAGAUCAACAGCUCAACGACUACCAAGAUUGCACAUUUUUCACAAGGAAGGAAAUCAUGAGAGUACAUAAACGCUUCCGGGACAUUCGUCCAGAUCUCGUGCCGAAACAAAUGACCGAAGGACAAGCAUCUACGGUGAAAAUCCCACGAGAGUACGUUGAAAAACUUCCGGAAUUGAGGGAGAAUCCUUUCAGGAAAAACAUUUGCGAAGCAUUUUCAAGGGAUGGUCAGGGAAAUCUAACAUUUGAGGACUUCCUAGAUCUUCUGUCUGUAUUCAGUGAGCAAGCUCCACGGGAUAUUAAGAUAUUCUACGCUUUUAAAAUCUACGAUUUCGACAAGGAUGGGUUCAUUGGUCAAUCUGACCUAAAGGGUGUCCUCAAAGCUCUAACAAGGAAUGAGCUGACUCCAGAGGAGCAUCAGCAGAUUGCUGAUAAGAUAAUUGAAGAAGCCGAUGUCGAUGGUGACGGGAAAUUGUCUGAAUUGGAAUUUGAGCAUGUUGUUCUGCGAGCUCCGGAUUUUCUUACGACCUUCCACAUUCGCAUUUAAAGCGCCAAGAGGAGUAAUCAAGUGCCAACUGUUCCCAAGCAUAAAGCUUCACUUUGAGAACUGUUUGUGUACUUGAUAAGUGGUUUCUGUUUCUGCUAUUGUUCCCACAGAGUCGAAUUGGAAGUGUUGAUUUUCCCUCGUUUUUGUGGCUCUUUAGCAUAAAGUGCCCCUGUUGAAUUGCACAGAGGCAGAUGUACAAUUUUCUACCCAUUCAAUCACUAUCCCCUCGUGAUUUUUCAAGAGAGAACAUGUAGUUCGGUGUUCAUAAGUUUCCUUUGGACAUGUUUCGAUUCUCUCUCUCACCCUUUCCGCCUCGAAAAUGCGACAGAUAUUUAUUGUGGAAGAUAUGCAAACUGAAUGGAGGUUUGGUUAGAUGACGUCUUAGGAGGAAUUUACCAUAAACCCUCCUAUUUUAUCAGAUUCCUCAAUUUCCUGCCAAAAGAAUCGCCACAAGGCGAAAAGCUAGAGGAAGAGACAACCCCGAUAGGGGACUUGUAAUAACGGAAGAAAAAUGCUUUCCUCCGUGACACAGAACACGCGUCUGGCGUUACAUCUUCCAAUAGUUUUAUUUCAAUAAGAAAACUAUGCACAUUUGUGAGAAAUAUACAACAUUUUCUGUGGAAUUCUAAACAUCGCAUUUGCACAUUUAUCAUUGAGAGGUCAAUUUGAGCAUGAAUCACUGAAUACUCGAGUGCUAUCAAUGACGAGAAAAGUCACCUGUCGAGAUUUCAAUAAUUUAAGAUAAAAAAAAGAAUCUCUGCUCUGCAUUUUCCCAUCGUAAAAGUCCACUAGACGACACGAUGAACAGUUUAAUAGAUCGUUUUUCUUUCAAAAUCGAUAGAAACUGUCUUACAAAGUGUUUGACUUUUUUUUCCCGAUAAGAUAUCAAAAAGUCAUUAAUGCUGUUGGGCUGCCUUAAAGGGAACAUUCUAUGAUGAAAUCACAAGUGAAAAUGAGGUCUUUCUAACUGUUUUUCUCCAUAUCACUGAUCGGAUAUAUAAGAAAUUAUGAAACACACCAAAAGAGCACAAUAAAUAUGUGAAAUUGUUAUGUAGCUUUACUUUAUUCCUUCCUGAAGCCUUUUCAUCAAAUAUAGCGGGGGGAGCGGGGAUCUAUUUAUGAGAGAAAAUACAACGGCAAUUUCCUCGGAUUUAUCGGACAAUUGCGAUCCAUUUGGAUGAAUUUUAUGGAAGAGCCAACAUAUUCCAUGUCAUCCUUUUACUAUCUCUGUUUCCUGAGUCCACAACAUCAUUAUUAACCAUGAUUUUUUAUUUGACUUGAUAAAUAGUCGAUAUUUAUACCCCAUUUAUUGCUCUCAGGACUGCAAAUGGUGACAUUUUUUCCAAGAAGUUGAACUUUUUCCUUUUUGGGGAAUGUUCUGGUGUUUUGGGGAUUUUUUUGUGAUUGAAUAUUGCAGUAAAGCGGAAUAUAACGUCAAAUUUGAUUACUCCACUCUAGAGGUUUAUCUUCAAACAGUGAAAAAGAUGUUCAUGUUUUCCAAAAUGUUGUCACAAAAAUAUGGGAAGUAUUUCUCAACGUAAUUGUGGAAUACACUUUAUAUAACUUAUACAGUGGGACCUCGAUAGAGUCAACUAAUUAUUUUCAAGCCUGUUGACUCUAUUGGAUUUGUUGACUCUAUCGGAGUCCGAAAAAUUCAAAUAGAAUGUUUUGUUUAUUGUUUUCAUUUUUAUUGUUGAUUUUCGGUCCGAAAAAAUGUUUCGUCCUUAAAUGGUGAAAGAAGCAGCUUUUUGUUAUUAACCCUGUAACGGGUAAGACCGCCUCCAGGCGGUCUUCACAAAAAUCACAUUUACAGCGACAAUAAAGAUUUUAUUUAUUUAAAAGUGCUAUAGUGUCCUAGGUAAUAGUCUUAUAAACAUCUCUUGAAAGUUUGAACUCAUUUUGACUCUUCGUUUUGUUGCUAUUCCCAGUUUUGUGUGACAGGUCAGAGAAAAAGCAACAAAAAAUAUUUGUGCAAAAAAACUCAUUUCCAAUUUCCAUAAAAAUACCGAUUUAAAGUUAUCUGAUUAAAAUAAAUCUAUUUUUUACUGAAAGAUAUGUCAUUCUACUUUGUAUAUUUUAUUUAAAAAAUUUGAAAAAACU